UUAGGCUGAAAUCGAAAGUAAUCGAGUAGUAGAUGCCGAGGUAGAAUGUUGUCCCGGACUUGCUUGUCUUAUUUACGUGAACUUUACGUUUUUCUGCGUUGAUUUCUGUUGGCUGGUGUACAUUUAUAAAGGUAUCUUCUUAUUUUUUAGCUCAACAUGAAUACUCUGAAGCUUCUUGAGAUUGAUGAGGACCUGACAAGUAAGGAAGUGGCCGAGCUAAAGUUUCUGUGCACAGACUCUGAUCUGCUUCAGAAAAAACGCCUGGAGAGAGUUAGUGAUGCCAAAGAUCUCUUUUUACGACUGGAGGAGCAGGGACUCCUCGAAGAUGGACUGCUCAUCCCUGAGCUUCUGAUCACAAUUGGACGCUUUGACCUGCUUUUCAUCCUGAAUACGUCUAGAGAGGAGGUGGAGAGGCAUCUGCAGACAAGAGACACAAGCAAGGGGGUCUCACCAUACAGAAAGAUGCUUUAUAAAUUGUCUGAAGACAUGACUGACGAAAACCUCAGUGUAGUGAGAUUCCUUCUCUCUGAGGAGAUUCCCAAAUCAAAACUAGCAACAUCUUCUUCAUUACUAGACAUUUUGAUUGAGAUGGAAAAGCAGCAGAUGCUUGGAGAAGACAAUCUAGAUAAGCUGCAAGGAAUUCUUGAAAAGUGUGACAAACAACUGGCCAACGUGAUACAAGAUUUCAAAAUGCACAAAAGACAAGGGAACAGACCUCCUCUACAGGAAGUUUCUAACCAUCAGCUCUCCAGACCCCACUAUCCUGAACCUAUAGAGAAAGAUUUACCUGCAUGUAAGUUAUACUCUCCUCUUUUGUUUCAAAGUAUUGCUUACCAAAUGAACAUUCUUGUUUUUACAGAAAUAAGUUCUCAGAAAAGUUCUAGAAAUUAUGUGCAUCUCUCUUUUUUGCUUUUAGCGAGGAGAGACUCUUCCAUAAAUCUUUUUACUGAUGCACAGCCUCCAGAACAAUUUGAAGAUAAAGAAUACUAUUCCAUUAGCCAUCAGCCUGUAGGAUACUGUCUCAUCGUCAAUAACUACAACUUUGGAAAAGCUGAAAAAUUCAAAAACCGUAAAGGCACCGAAAUGGACAGAGAGGCGCUUAUACGAGUGUUUCAGAAAAUGAAAUUUGAGGUCAAGGUGCACAACGAUUUGAAUGCUUCAGACAUGCUCAAUGUGGCCGAGGAGUUUGCCAACAUGGAUCACACGCAAAUGGACGUUUUUGUCUGCUGCGUACUCUCCCACGGAGAGAAAGGUGCAGUGUUGGGCGUAGAUGGCAAACAGAUUGAGAUCCGUGAACUCACACUGCCCUUUGCUAGAUGCAACUCCUUGGCCAGCAAGCCCAAGCUGUUUUUUAUUCAGGCCUGCCAAGGUAAUUUGGGCCAUGAGCCUGUGUGGAUGACAGAUGGACCGGACAGUACAGAAGAAGGAAGAUAUGAAGAGGAUGCUCGUAUGGAACUGCCAUUCAGUCUUCCUAAAGAAGCUGAUUUUCUAAUUGGAAUGGCCACGGUAGAGCAUUAUCAGUCCUUCCGGCACACCACAGAUGGGUCUAUCUAUAUCCAGGAGCUCUGUAGACAGCUGGAGAAUCACUGCCCCAAAAAAGAGGACAUCUUGUCUAUUAUGACAAAGGUGAAUCAUGAAGUCAGCAGCAAGAUGUUACAAGGCAAAAAGCAGAUGCCCGAACCUCGAUAUACCCUCAGAAAGAAACUCGUCCUUCCUAUGGACUGAAGCUUCUGACCGGUUUUGUGUCGGGAAAAGAUCUGUUACCCAGUCUUAGUUUGAUACAGCUUACAGAAAGACCCAAGUGCUUCCUUUAUAUGGAUUUAUUAUCACUGAAUUAUGAGGUUAAGGUCAUUUCUCAAAGUGAUGAAAUUAGUUUGUAUGUACCGUAACAUUGAAGUAAGUUUGUAUACUAAUAAGGCUUGUAUGAAGAGAAAGUAAUUAUAAAACAUCUAUAUUUCAUACUAGACAUGGGUUAAUUAGUUAGUUAGUCACUAAAUGCUGUCACAAGAGGUUUAAAUUAUUUGAAAGGACAUGUAAAUGCAGCUUUCUGACAUUAAUGUACAGUAGUUAUAAAGUAAACCAUUGACGUGGAGACCAGAUGAAUCAAUAAAUUAGGGCUGUCAAGCAUCCAAUAUUAAAAGAUUGUGUUUACAUAUUAUAUGUGUGUGAAAUGUGCAUAUUCAUUUUGAAUUUAUAAACACAUAUACAUAUAUAUAUUUAGGAAAUGUGUAUAUUUAUUUUUACUAGUAAUUUAAAUAAUUCAUAAAUGUUUAUUCAUUCUUACAUACAUAUUUAGAAAGUAUAUAUAAAUAUGUGUAUGUUUUUAUAAAAACAAAAAUUGUAUGCACAUACAUAUUAUGUAAACACAAACUUUUAUUUGGGAUGCGAUUAAUCACAAUUAAUCUUUUGACAGCCCUACAAUAAAUGAAACAUCAUUCCGUUUUAUUUCUUAAUUUUUCCCCUAAAGUCAAUGUGUAUUACUUGUUUCCAUUUCUUUUAAAUCUGUAAUCUGAAGGUUUUUACAGACUUUUCAGUUUUGUCCUUUUCAUAUAUGUCUCUUCUGUUUAGGAACAGUGACAUAUUCUACAUUUUUACUCAUUACCAUAUUGUGAUUGAGCUGGCUAAACACAUUUUGUAUGUGCAUAGGAAUUUUCUUCUUUUAUAUAAAGAUGAUUUUUUUCUUUCAAGAUCACCUUGGACUUUUUGUUGGAUGUUUACCUGCUAAAAACCUGUUUUUAUGUGAUAUCGGUGUUUUUGGUCUGGUUACAGUCCUCUCUUUUUAUAGAAAAUCUACGGUAAACCUUUAAAAUCAAAAACAAAGUAUACAAAAUAGAUUUUAGUCACAUCUUUUUUCUUCACAUCCUGCGUACUGUAUUGCAUACAUAUUGUUUGCCUAUUUUAUGUUUUGAUUCUCUACUAUUGAGACUACUUACUUUCGAAACUUGCCAAAUGCCAUUAAAAUUGUACAUCUUAUAAUUCCA